AUGAGUAGAUAUUACGAUUACGGUAAUGCGAUAUCAUGGAACAGCCAGGCGUUGCCCUCAAGCGGUGUGGGCCCCGGAAGUGGGUCUCAGGGCAAGGACCCUUUGGCGCCCGCUUUGCCAGGCCCCCGUUCAAUGUAUCAGCACCCAGCUGUUACUGGAUAUAACCCACAGGACUCACGAGCACAGGCUUUACCGGUUACGGCGCGGCAGAGCCCGAUGUACGCGGGCGGCAUGUACCACGGCUACGGCGGCGCGGGGGCCGGCGCCACGCUCGCGCCCAUGCCGUCGCUCUCGCCCACGGCGCCCCUGCCUCCCUUCCCCGUGCAUCCGGACGUCAAGUUCAAAAAACUCCCUUUCUACGAUGUAAUGGCGGAAUUAAUGAAACCGUCUACUAUGAUGCCAAUGCAGGCUGGUCGGAUGCAAGAGGGUACAUUCAUAUUCCACCUUACACCACAACAGGCCACCGAGAUAGCCUCAGGCAAGGAUAUCGUCGGAACUAGUAAUAAGCUUGAUUAUGUUAUACAGGCCCAGUUGAGAUUCUGCCUUCUAGAAACUUCAUGUGAACAGGAAGAUUAUUUCCCACCUAGUGUUAAUGUAAAAGUAAAUAAUAAAAUGUGUCCGUUACCAAACCCAAUACCUACAAACAAACCGAUGCCAGAACCAAAACGACCACCAAGACCGGUCAACAUCUCAUCCCUCGUGAAACUGUCGCCCACAGUCGCCAACACUAUACAUGUAACGUGGGCUGCUGACUUCACGCGAGCGUACGUGCUCAGUGUGUUUCUUGUGAGGAAGCUAACCUCCGCAGAAUUAUUGCAGCGGCUUAAGAACAAGGGUACUAAAAAUCCGGAUUAUACACGAUCACUGAUUAAAGAAAAAUUAUCUGAAGAUUAUGAUAGUGAAAUAGCUACAACUUCCCUCCGAGUAUCUCUCAUGUGUCCCCUCGGUAAAAUGCGAAUGUCGUGUCCUUGUCGGCCCGCAAACUGUCCACAUUUACAGUGUUUUGAUGCUUCGCUGUUCCUGCAGAUGAAUGAGCGCAAACCAACCUGGCUAUGCCCAGUCUGUGAUAGACCUGCACCCUAUGAUUCAUUGGUGGUUGAUGGGUACUUCCUGGAGGUGCUGACGUCGGGGCGGCUGUCGGGCGAGUGCAACGAGAUCCAGCUGCACGCCGACGGCAGCUGGUCGGCGCACGCGCCGCCGCCGCGCGCGCCCGUCCCCGUGCCGCCCGCGCCCGAGCCCGUCACGCUCAUACCCGACGACCUCGAAAUAAUUCCUGUCGAUGGCACGGGUGGCGUAAAACGAGCAGCAGUAGGAGAAGCGCGUACUGCGAAACCAACGGAAUUGCUUGUAGAUCUCACGUCUGAUUCUGAUGAUGAGGUGCCCCUCAAAAGAAAGGUGCCACAGUCCAAACAAACGCCGCCAAUAAUCGAGACAAAUAAUUUCAAGACUGAUGAUUAUGCCUCCUCAAAUGCGGUGGAGGCGGUGUCGUCGAGCGGGUACCGGUCGCCGGGCGGGUGUGGCGCGGGGGGCGGGGCGGGCGCGGGAGGCGCGGGGGGCGCGGCGGGCGUCAUCUCGCUGGACAGCCCGUCGCCGCCGGCGCGCGCCUCGCCGCCGCCCGACGCCGCGCCCGACCCCGCGCCCGCGCACUCCUCGCACUCCGCGCACUCCACGCCGCCCGACCACUGCACAAGCAACAGCACCGAACGCGAGGAUAAUGAAUCUGCAGCUGCACACUGGGCGCCGUAUGCUGAUGCCGACCGGGAAAAUCACGACUCGUAUCGAAGAACCGCUUACAAUCGCACCAUGGAAAAACAACCUGACGAACCAGAGGAUUUCACGAAUGAGCCACUACCUUUGAUGAGUGAACCCAUGGAGGGUCAAGAUGCUGUAGCAUCUACUUUAGCAACGCCAUUCGCGCAGCCAAUAAUCGCUGCUUCAAAAUCAAAAGCACAAAAACAACGUGAGUACAGACAGCGUAUCGCAGCAUCUAGAACUCCUGCUCAGGUGGCUGCUGCGAGAAAAUCAAAAAACGAAAGACAACGCAACAACAGAUUACGCAAAGCUGCUAACUUGGCUAUUGCCAGUGGUUCUCUUGAAGCGACAACUACAUCUUCAUCUCGUUCAGGGGAAGAGUCGAACAAUGUUCAAACUAGAAAUCAACGACAAUACGCGCAACAACAAUCUACCACCUCUGCAGAUCAAUCUGUUGAGCGUGUCAAUCUCACAAAUGAAGCUGUUGCAUCUACCUCUGCGACGCCAUUUGCAAAACCAAUAACUGCUGCUCCAAAAACAAGGGCAGAAAUACAACGUGAAUACAGACAGCGGGUUGCUGCAUCCAAAACUCUUGCACAGGCAGCAGCUGCAAGAGAAGCACGUAAUGUAAGAGAUCGAAACAAUAGAUUAUGCCAAGCUGCUAACUUGGCAAUUGCCAGUGGUUCUCUAGAAGCGACAACUACAUCCUCAUCUCGUUCAGGGCAAAGGUUAAACACCGUCCAUAUUGAUACUCAAUGA